GAUAACUGUCUGACCAGUCCUUGACCACAUUACUGCGAGAAGUAACGUUAGUCUGGCUAAUGAAGCUAAGGAGAAAGACUAUUUGGUUUUGUGACCUGCGUUAGUGCUCCGUCGGGAAGAACAAACGCUCGUUGUUUUGAAUCAUUUAGAGCAUCUUGGUAUCCGUCCGCUGGUUUGGGACAGGUGUGCUGUACAUUUAUCUGACACAGUGUUUUUGUGUGGACUGGCACGGUUUUAUUUUUCAGAUAGUCCACGCAGUGAAAGAUGAUGGGCGAGGACCGAAAAAUAUGGACCACGGACAAAUCUCGCAACUCAAUAGAGUCUUUUUGGUCUGAAACUCCUCCAGAAACCAUGUCUCCAGCCAUCUCCAGAACUGCUGCAGGGGAGAUCAACCAUUGGUGGAGCCAACUAAAGUACCGCCUUCAGCAUAAAAAAGGAUGGAACGAAAUGUUGGAUGAGACCUUCCUCAUGCAGAACAAAAAAGUAAAUGACAUUCCCCUGUUUUCCGCCACUAAGGAGAAUAAUGCAGCUAGUAUAAAGAAACUGCUUGACUGUUCAUCAACUAAUAUCUUUGAGAGAGGUGAACUUGGAGAGACGGCUCUGCAUGUUGCUGCGAUGAAUGAUAAUUUUCAUGCGGCUGUGGCAUUAAUGGAUGGAGCACCAGAGCUUAUCAAUGAGCCCAUGACCUCGGAACUCUACCAUGGUUUAACAGCCCUUCACAUUGCUGCUGUUAACCAGAAUAUUAACUUAGUCCAGGAGUUGAUAAGCAGAGGAGGUGAUGUGGUGGUACCCAGGGUCACAGGCAUGUACUUCCGCAAAAGAAGAGGAGGACUUCUGUACUUUGGUGAACACAUCCUGGCAUUUGCGAGCUGUGUGGGUAAUGAAGAAAUUAUAUCUAUGCUGAUAAAAGCUGGGGCUAAUAUUCGGGCCCAGGAUUCCCUGGGUAAUACCAUCCUUCAUCUUUUGGUUUUGCAGCCCAAUAAAACAACUGCAUGUCAGAUUUUCGACAUGUUGAUGUCACAAGAUGCAGAUCUGGACCCCGCUAUCCCUCUAGACAUGGUACCUAACUCCAGAGGCCUCACACCAUUCAAACUCGCUGCAAAGGAGGGCAACCUCGUGGUCUUCCAGCACUUGGCUAACCGCAGGCGGGUCAUUCAGUGGAGUCUAGGACCAUUGUCCUCCUACCUUUAUGACCUCACUGAGGUUGACUCCAGGGAGGAUGACCUCUCAGUGCUUGAGAUCAUUGUCAGCAGUCAGAAAAGAGAGGCCAGAAGGAUUCUUGAGUUGACUCCAGUUCGACAGCUUGUCAGACUGAAGUGGAAUCUGUAUGGGAAACAUUACUUCAGGUUAUUGAUGCUGGUGUACCUGCUGUAUAUUAGCAUCUUCACUUUGUGUUGUAUAAACCGCCCCCUGAAGGACAUUCCUGAGAAUUACACCAAAGCAGACAACGACCAGACCAUAAAAGUGCAGAAAAGCUUUAUGGAGAGCUAUCAGACCUAUAAAGAUCACCUGCGAUUAAUAGGAGAAAUUAUCAGUGUCAUAGGAGCCAUCGUGAUUCUGCUGAUAGAGAUUCCCGGUAUUUUGAGAGUGGGAGCUAAACGCUAUUUUGGCCAGUCUGCCCUCGGAGGACCCUUCCAUAUCACUUUAAUCGGCUACGCGAUACUGGUUGUGAUUUUGUGUGUGCUGCGGACCAUUGGAAUUGCAGAAGAGCUUGUGCCAAUGUCUUGGGCCUUGAUUCUUGGCUGGUCCAAUGUUAUGUACUUCGCUAGAGGUUUUGAGAUGCUGGGACCUUAUGUCAUUGUGAUUCAGAAGACAAUCUUUGGAGAUAUGACAAAGUUCAUGUGGUUGUCCCUUAUCUUCCUUAUUGGUUCCUCUUCUGCCUUGUGGGUCUAUUACAUAACUCAAGAUCCUUCAGCUUUACCAUCAUACCGCUCAUUCCCCAUCACCCUCUUCACUCAGUUUGAGAUGAGCAUUGGACUGAUAGAUUUGCAAGUGGACAAUACGUUGUACACCCAUCCAGUCGUGCACACUAUCCACAUCUACUUCAGUGUGACCUCUUACAUCCUCCUGUUCAACCUCCUGAUCGCCAUGAUGAGCGACACACAGUGGAGGGUCACCCAGGAACGCGAUGAACUCUGGAGGACCCAGGUGGUGGCCACUAAUCUGAUGCUUGAACGGAAGUUACCACUGCGCCUGUGGCCAAGACUGGGCAUUUGUGGUCUGGCGUUUGGCCUUGGAAAACGCUGGUACCUUCGAGUGGAGGGUCGCAAUGACCCAUUGGUGCAAAAGAUGAAACGCUACAUUGAUGCAUUCUCAAAGAAAGCAGAACCAGCUGAGGAGGAGGAAGCAAGCAAGAAUGACCCUGGAAACGAUCCACAGCAGACCAAUUUUAUUGUGGAAAACAGGCCUAAGAUCCAGAGGAGACCAAUAAAAUGCUGGCAGCUCAUUCGGCAGAGUAUAGAAUGUGAAAAGAAAGAAAAUGUGGAUUGCCUAGAUAUUAGUUAUGUCUAA